UGUGACAACUGAUUAUGUAAGUAUGUAUUUUUGCAAUAGAAUAGUUCUAGAGAAUAUACGGAAAAAUGCUUAUUUUCAUCCACUAGGAUACAAAAAACGCAUCUUUUACUCAAUAUAUUUGGUUCUACAAAUACUGUUGCGCACUGACAUUAAGUUUUUGUUUUAUUUUCAAACAGUAUGAUGCUUAAACUUUUUUUGUAAGUGGAAACAUUAGAAACAUUAGUUUUUCCAAAAAAUGUGGAUAAGUGGUUAACGCAGAAACUAGACGAUAUGUAUGUAUAUUUAUAAUGCAUGGUAGAAACUAAAUAAAUAAAUAAAAUCGGUAACCAAAUAGCCAGAAAGGCGAGAAUACCUACAAUAAUGUGUUUAACAAAAGAGAAAAAAUUAACUAAAAUGUAACAUUCUUUCAGCAAUUGUACGAAAUAUACUGCGGAUUCGUUUCAGGUCAUAUCUACGAUUUAUGAUUAAGAGAGUCCUAACCCUGAAAACAACACGAACGUGGUAGGUUUGGAAAAACUGUGGUGAAAAUUUUCACUACUGCGAAUUUUGACAUUUCCUCUAAAAAAUAUAAAUAAAAAAAUGAAAUUUGGAAUAGAGGGCAAAGGCGAAGAAAAAGGUAAAAGUCACAAGCACAGGAAAGUGGUAAAUCAAUGCUUUUCCAUCAGCAAUUAAUUCAAUUUGUGAGCGGAGCAGUAUCCAAAAACUUUGUUCGCUUCAACAGACGGUCGCUGAGAAUGUCCUCAACUUAUGUACCCAAGGUUAUUGCAAUCGGGCAGAUGUGUGCCACAAAUGAUAAAGAUAACAAUAUGCGGCAAGUCGAAGAGUUAUUUGUGAAGGCGAAAGGACAAUCUGCCACAUUUCUAUUCUUGCCGGAAUGUUGUGAUUUCGUUGGGGAACAUCGGAAGCAAACACUGGAGUUGUCAGAACCUUUGACCGGUGCGACCAUGAAUCAAUACAAAGAGUUGGCUAAAAGUUAUAAAAUGUGGUUAUCCUUGGGUGGCAUACACGAAUCCAUACUCGAUAAAAGUGGAGGUAAAACCGAUAAAAUAUACAACACACAUGUGUUGUUGAACGAUCUCGGUGAAGUGGUGAGCGUCUACCGAAAAUUACAUCUCUUUGAUGUUGAAACCGAUGAAAUGCGUUUUCGGGAAUCUGACGUCGUUACUCCGGGCUCACAGCUGGUUCCACCUGUUAACACACCUAUUGGCAUGAUAGGUAUGCAAAUCUGUUAUGAUUUACGAUUCGGUGAGGCCAGUUACCUUUUACGUAAAUCUGGAGCGCAGAUACUAACUUUUCCCUCUGCAUUCGCUUACUCAACGGGCAAGGCACAUUGGGAAAUUCUUUUACGUGCACGCGCUAUUGAGAAUCAAUGCUAUGUUGUCGCUGCUGCACAAAUUGGUGCACAUAAUUCUAAACGUACCAGUUGGGGCCACGCUUUAGUAGUUGACCCCUGGGGCAGAGUGCUUGCUAAUUGCGAAAAGGAAGAACUAACGGUGGCAACAACGGAAAUUGAUCUAGUCAAAAAUAUAUCUGUGCAAAAGAAUAUGCCUGUGUUUCACCACAAACGAAAUGAUAUUUAUUCGUUAACAGCUUUUGGUAUGGGAACAAUAGAUAUUCUGGAGGAUCGAAAAUUUGCAACUAACACAAUACGUAAAGAAACUAUUUUUUACGAAACAGAGCACAGUUUUGCAUUCACUAAUUUGCGCUGUGUAGUGGAGGGUCACGUUUUGGUCUCCACUAAGCGUGUUACAAAACGUUUGGACAGCUUGCUAUGUGACGAAAUUUGUGACCUAUUUUCCACAGUCUGUAAAAUACAGCGUAUGUUAGAGAAUUUCUAUAAAACAACAUCCGCAACGGUCACCGUUCAGGAUGGACCUGAUGCUGGCCAAACGGUGCCACAUGUACAUUUCCACAUUAUGCCUCGACGACCAGGGGAUUUCAGCGAAAAUGAUCACAUUUACACACGUAUGGACGAUCGUUGCUUGGACCAACCAGACCGCACCAUAGAUGAGCGUAUAGCAGAAGCGCAGAAGUAUCGUGAUUUUAUAAAGGAUCAAUAAUAAUGUAGUACAUAUGUACAUAUGUAAGUAUGUAUGUAUGUGUAUAGUAGCCAAAUUUGUACAAUAGGUAUAAUAAUUUGUUAAAUUGUUUUAAGGUAUCAACAUAUGAGCCGUUUAUUUGAAAGUAGCUUAAGUCAUUUCACCCCUCUUUUGGAUAAAUGGUUGGUUACUUCUAACUAGAGCAUCUGUAAAUCGUUAUACCGCCAUAAACUAAUGACAGAAAUUGUUACAUUUGGCUGAUAAGUUGAACGAAUAACAGACGGGUUCAGAAACAAGAAGUGAUCACUGAAGUCAAACGGCAUGAAAUGACUUACACCGCUUUCAAAAUAAACGGCUCAUAUGUAUGUGUGUAUAUUAAAACUUUUAAAUAAAAAUUUUCAAAUUCCGUAUAUACUUGGUAUAUAUGUAUGUACAUAUUUGCGACUUGAUUAUGGCGUGAGACUGAAAUGGGUUUUCACGUGAAGACACGUUUAAUAAUAUAGAGAUGUAACUCAAAAUUUAAGUUACUCCAGAAAAGUUUACAAUGUUUAAACAAGAAGCAGAGUUAUUUGGCCCAGCUAGAAGCUAUAGCGCCAUUAACAAAAUUAUAUAAAUGUUAAAAA